GGGCUUCGCUGGGGUCAGAAGGUGCACGGAGUAAGUGGCAGGAGUUUAUGGAUGAGUGACGGGUAUCCAGCACAGUAAGCCAUCUCUUCGUUCCCCAAGGAAGCAUUUCUGGGUUGAAUGUGGAGUGACUGACCAUGUGGACACUGUCCAGGUUUCUUGGAGUCUCUGUGGAGCCCCAGGACCAGACUUCAUAGUGAAGGCUGCAGGAUCUUCCUUCCAGCUCCAGCAGCUCUGGCUGAGUUCACAGAUGCCUGCCUGGCUUCAAGCUCCUGGUAGGAGCUGAGCUAUCAGCAAGAGAGUCCCAGGGCUGAGGCUCAGCAGGAACAUGCCAGCCAAGCGGAACUCUCCCCCGUGGACCAUGGCCCUGGCUGCAGAGGAACAUGGCAGGUUGUGUGAGGUGAGAAAGGAGAGGUUUCCAGGGACAGGAAUUCAUUCAGUAAGGAGGUACCCAGAAAUAAACCCAUGUCUCUAUGGUCAAUCCCAUGCUGACCAUGCUGUUUUGAACAGGACUGUGUUGUUACAGGUCUCAGUGUCAUUUGAGGAUGUGACUGUGAACUUCAGCAUGGAGGAGUGGCAGCACUUGGACUCUGCUCAGAGGCGCCUAUACCAGGAUGUGACACUGGAGAACUAUAGCCACCUGCUCUCAGUUGGGUACCAAGUUCCCAAACCAGAGAUCAUCUUCAAGUUGGAGCAAGGAGAGGGACCAUGGACAUUGGAAGGGGAAACCCCACAUCAGAGCUGUUCAGAUGAAGAUAUUGGGCAAACCCAACAACAGAGAAUUGCUGGAGAAGUUUUAUUCCACUGUGAGAAAUUUGGUCAAUCCACAGAAGAUUCACUGUGUUCCAUUUUAGAAGAAUUGUGGCAAGAUAAUGACCAGCUAGAGAGGUAUCAAGAAAACCAAAAUAACCCUGUAAGUCAUGUGAAAGUACUCAUUAAAGAGAGGGGCUAUGAAUGUAAAAACAUUGAAAAAGUAAUUCAUGUGAGUACCAAGCUUGUUCCUUCAAUUAAAAGACUCCAUAACUGUGACACAUUUGGAAAGGGUUUGAAGCACACUUUAAACUUACAUAAUCAUAAUAAAAGCAAUGCAACAAUGAACCUUGAUAAGAUUUUUGGAAAUGACAACAAUUUUUCCCAUAGCUCCUCCUGUACUAAGAAUGAGAAUGCUAAUACAAGAGCAAAUGCUUGUGAAUAUAAUCAAUAUGGAAAAUAUCUUGGACACAAACAAGUUCUCAUCCACCAUCAGAAAAAUCACACUGGGGGGAAACUUUAUGUAUGUACUGAGUAUGUGAAGAGCUUCACCCAGAAGUCAGAUCUCUUUGAGCAUCAGAAAAUUCAUGCUGGAGAAAAAGCCCUUGAAUGCAACAAAAGUGAUAAAGUCUUCACUCAGAAGCCCCAAACUGAUGUAGCUCAGGGUGUUUAUACAAGAGAAAAAUCCUAUAUAUGUACUCAUUGUGGGAAGGCCUUUGCUCUCAAAUCAAACCUCAUUACACAUCAGAAAAUUCAUACUGGGCAGAAACCCUUCAAAUGCAGUGAAUGUGGAAAAACCUUUUUCCACAGAUCGUAUCUCUUUAGACAUAUGAGAAUUCAUACAGGAGAAAAACCUUAUGAAUGCCAUGAAUGUGGAAGAGGCUUCUCCCAAAAUUCAGACCUCAAUAUUCAUCAGAAAACUCAUACUGGAGAAAAACUCUAUGCAUGCAGUGAGUGUGGGAAAGCCUUCACAAGAAAAUCAGCACUCAGGAUGCAUCAAAGAAUUCACACAGGAGAGAAACCCUAUGUGUGCACUGAAUGUGGGAAGGCCUUCAUCCAGAAAUCACAUUUUAAUACACAUCAGAGAAUUCAUACUGGAGAGAAGCCUUAUGAAUGCAGUGACUGUGGGAAGUCAUUCACCAAGAAAUCACAACUCCAUGUGCAUCAAAGAAUUCACACAGGAGAAAAGCCCUAUAUAUGUACAGAAUGUGGGAAGGUCUUUACUCAUAGGACAAACCUCACUACACAUCAAAAAACUCAUACUGGAGAGAAACCCCAUAUGUGUGCUGAAUGUGGGAAGGCUUUCAGUGAUCAGUCAAAUCUCAUUAAACACCAGAAAACUCAUACUGGAGAGAAACCCUAUAAAUGCAAUGGUUGCGGGAAAGCCUUCAUAUGGAAGUCACGCCUCAAAAUACAUCAGAAAUCUCAUAUUGGAGAAAGACACUAUGAAUGCAAUGAAUGUGGGAAAGCCUUUAUCCAGAAAUCAACACUAAGUGUGCAUCAAAGAAUCCAUACAGGAGAGAAACCCUAUGUUUGUCCUGACUGUGGGAAGGCCUUCAUCCAGAAAUCACACUUCAUUGCACAUCAUAGAAUUCAUACUGGAGAGAAACCUUAUGAAUGCAGUGACUGUGGAAAAUGCUUCACUAAGAAAUCCCAACUCCGCGUGCAUCAGAAAAUUCACACAGGAGAGAAGCCCAAUAUAUGUACUGAAUGUGGGAAAGCCUUCACUGACAGGUCAAAUCUCAUAACACACCAGAAAAUCCAUACUAGAGAGAAACCCUAUAAAUGCACUGACUGUGGAAAAACCUUCACUUGGAAAUCACGCCUUACCAUUCAUCAGAAAUCUCAUACUGGAGAGAGACACUAUGAAUGCAGUAAAUGUGGGAAAGCUUUCAUCCAGAAAGCAACACUAAGUAUGCAUCAGAUAAUUCACACAGGAAAGAAACCCUAUGCGUGUACAGAAUGUCAGAAGGCCUUCACUGACAGAUCAAAUCUCAUUAAACACCAGAAAACUCAUAGUGGAGAAAAACUUUAUAAAGGCAGUGACUGAAAAAAGCCUUCAGCUGGAAAUUAUCAUUGGGUAUGCAUCAGACGGCCCAUAGUGGAGAAGAGGCACGCCUGAUGCCGCAAUCAUUGCGUA